ACACUUUUAAACUCUCUCUCUCUCAUGUAUUUCUUUGUAUAAAAUCAAACAUUGUUUGUAAGAAUCCAAAAGCUUUAAUUUUCCAUGGCCACCAUUUUGAGUGAAUUCUCAGGAGCAAAAGAUGCAACAGCUACUAAGAAGGUGUUGAUCACUGGCGUGAGCAAAGGAUUGGGAAGAGCCUUAGCCUUGGAAUUAGCCAAUCGUGGUCAUACCAUUAUUGGUUGUUCACGUGAUCAAACAAAACUUCAUUCCCUUCAACAAGAGCUUGCUAAAGUUUCUUCUGCAAAGCAUUUACUCUACACUGUUGAUGUGAGAUCAAACACCAACGUUGAAGAGUUUGUCCAAGCUAUUGUGGAAAAUGAAUUAGUACCAAAUAUCAUUGUGAAUAAUGCAGGUUUGAUCAAUAGAAAUGGGAAAAUAUGGGAGUUGGAUGCACAAGAAUUUGAUAAUGUGAUUGAUACAAACGUCAAAGGGAUCGCCAAUAUAAUGCGUCAUUUCAUUCCACUUAUGAUUUCUACCAACAAAGGGAUUAUCAUCAAUAUGUCUUCACUUUCUGGGAGAGAUGCACAUGGACUGUUUGCACCGUAUUGUGCAUCAAAGUGGGGGGUUGAAGGACUAAGCAAAGCUACAGCAAAAGAAGUGCCAGAGGGAAUGGCGAUUGUGAGCUUAGAUCCAGGCAUCAUAUACACUGACAUGCUGGUUUCAUGUCUUGGCGAACUUGCUCUAAAAUAUCAAUCACCUCAACAUUGGAUGACAAAAAAGUGUAUACUUAUUCGAUAUACGGAGGUGAUUGGGAUGAGAAUGAAAGUUCGUGUAUUAGGGGACAGUUGGCAGGAAUCCUUGUGCCUGUUUCAUUGAAGUAUGAAGAAAUUAAAUCUCACAUUUACGGGGUUACAAAUGUCAGUUCUUCAGAGUUUGAUCUUAUACUGAAAGUUAAAUAUAAGCUUGAAUAUGAAGCCCCUCCACAAUACAUAAGGAAUGAUGAUGGUAUUCGCUUCCUUCUUUUCCGAGAAGACCUUAGUAGACUUCAGUUAUCUGUAACGCUGAAAUCGAAUGUGGACGAAAAUAUUAGAAUGGGGUUUAGAAAUGUGAGUUAUGAUGAUACGACUAUGGAGAGACAAUACAAGGAAUCAUAUCAGUAUCGUCAGGAAGAAUAUGAUAUUCCAUUGUCUACCAACACUGUACCAUCAAUAUUAUCACUAGACAACGAUCGCACUAAUCUAACAAGAUUGAAUUCAGAAUUGGGCGGUACUUCAGUUGUUGGUAAUGAAAUACCAUAUAUAUUUGAUUAUAUGGAUUGUGGUCAUCCAGAACAAAGUUGUAGUCCUUCAGUUGAUGUGAAUGAGCAACCAACAGGAUUGAAUGAAAUGGAUCGUGAUCAUGGAGAUGUGCGUCAUUCUACAGCAGCUUCAGUGGUUCCACCAUCUGUAUCUUCAAGUCAUAGGACAGAGUUGAUUAUGCCUGGUACCUCUUCAUUUGAGAUAGAGGACGUUGAAGUUGGUCAACUAUUUUUUAGCAAAAAUGACUUGAAAAUGAGAUUAUCUGUUCUGUCCAUCAACAAAAAUUUUGAAUUUAGGGUCAGGAAGUCAACCAAAUCUCUAUUCAUAGUCAAAUGUAUUAGGGAGACAUGUAAGUAGAGCCUUCAUGUAGUGAAAAUGGAAGGGUCUGAUAUAUUCAAGAUCACAAAGUACUGUAGUUCGCACACAUGUUCCAUUGGAAUUAUGAAUCACGACCAUAAAUAAGUAACUGCUACGAUUAUUAGUCAGUUGAUUAAAGAUAAGUUCAUGGGAAUAGGACAUAUUUAUAAACAUUGUCAUAUCAUUGAGGAUAUGAGGAGAGAUUAUGGCGUGAACAUAAGUUAUGAUAAAGUGUGGCGUGCAAGGGAAGUCGUGUAUGAUCUCACUAGAGAUACUCCAGAAUAUUCAUACUCUAUACUACAUGCUUAUGGAGAAGUGUUAAAAAUAGAUAAUCUGGGUACAGUCUUUGAAUCAAACUUGAAGAUGAGGUGCAUUUCAAGUAUAUGUUUAUGGCAUUAGGGCCUUGUAUUAGAGGUUUCGCAAGCUGUUGACCUGUGAUAAUUAUUGAUGGGUCGCACUUGAAAGGAAAAUACAAAGGCACCAUAUUGGUUGCGGUUUCUAUGGACGGUAACAAUCAAUUAUACCCACUAUCAUAUGCAAUAGUGGACAAUGAAACCGAUCGAUCAUGGAAAUGAUUUAUGUCAAACUUGAAAUGUAGUAUCGGAUAAUCCAAUAAUCUGGUGUUUGUGUCUGAUCGGAUGGUAUCUAUCAUAAAUGCUAUUUGUGUAUUUUUUCCUACGAAAUUUCAUGGAUUGUGCACAUGGCACAUAGAACAAAAUCUUGUUACAAACUUUAAGGAUAGCACGGUUGUUGGGAUAUUUAGAGAUAUAGUAAUGGCAUUUCACAUGACAGAGUUCCAGACAAAAUGGGACGAACUCCAUAAUUUUUUAGAGGUGUUGUCACAAAAUAUUUGGAAGACAUCGGUCUUCAAAGGUGGGCACGGGUUUGCUAAAUAGAAUGAGUAUAUGAUAACAUGACAUCCAAAAGUGCAGAGUGUUUCAUUUCAUUAACUAAAGAGUAUCGACUAUUGCCCAUAGUAUGCUUGAUUGAACAUGUUAGAGGAAUGCUCCAAUCGUGGUUCUAUGAACGAAGAAAUUACUGGGCAUCUCGAACGACAUUGCACCCUGACUACUGUGAAACCCAAUUGGCAAGUGAGACCGAUAAGGCAGACGAUAUCGAGUUUAGCCCAUUGAUUGUUAUCAGGUCCACGUGCGAGAUAAUCGAUUGGACAGUAUUGUCAAUCUUUACAUGAAGGAAUGCACGUGUAAGGAAUUCGACUCACUUGGUAUCUCGUAUUUGCAUGCAAUUGUUGCUACCAAGGAAUGAAAUAUACCCAUCCCGAGUUUUUGCAGUUGAUUUUAUACAGUGGACUCUCUAAUGACUGGGUAUGCGGAGCCUAUAAAUCCACUUGGCCACAUAUCUGAAUGGAAGGGACCUCCUGGAUAUGUAGAAAAGACUAUCCUUCCUCUGAAGUUUGUGGCACAAGUCGGGCGACGGAGAGUGAAAGAGUACCAUCCAGAAGAGAAUUUUGCAGACAAAUGAAAAUGUGGUUGGUGUGGGAAUUAUGGGCAUAAUCGCCAAAUUGUUAGCGAACCGCUCACAACCGUGCGACGUGAAAAUGCCAGAAACCGUGACACAAACACCUCUCAUCUAGUUUAGUUUAUAACUAACUUGUAACAUUUCAUUUGUUAUAAAUACCAUUGAUCGAUUUUUCAUAUGUCAUACAUGUAACAUACUUCAUGCC